AUGCGGUGCCUGAACAUGAUCAUGGCAGAACCACCGGGCCUCAUCACCAUCUGCCUUUUAGGAUAUCUACUCGGUGCUGACUGUACAGUUUUUCUUGAUCAUGAAGAUGCCACGAAAGUUCUGAGCCGGCCCAAGAGGUAUAAUUCAGGCAAACUGGAAGAGUUUGUUCAAGGGAACCUUGAGAGAGAAUGUAUGGAAGAAAAGUGUAGCUUUGAAGAAGCACGAGAAGUUUUUGAAAACACUGAAAAAACCACUGAAUUUUGGAAGCAGUAUGUUGAUGGAGAUCAAUGUGAGUCCAAUCCCUGUUUGAAUGGCGGCAUAUGCAAGGAUGACAUUAAUUCCUAUGAAUGCUGGUGUCAGACUGGAUUUGAAGGGAAGAACUGUGAGUUAGAUGUAACGUGCAACAUUAAGAAUGGCAGGUGCAAGCAGUUUUGUAAAUUGGAUGCUGAUAACAAGGUGGUUUGUUCCUGUACUACCGGAUAUCAACUUGCGGAGGACCAAAAGUCCUGUGAACCAGCAGUGCCAUUUCCAUGCGGAAGAGUUUCUGUCCCACACAUUUCUACGACACACACCCGCGCUGAAACUCUUUUUCUCAAUACGGACUAUGAAAAUUCCACUGCGGACUAUGAAAACUCCGCUGAAGCUGAAAAAAAUGUGGAUAACGUCACCCAACCAUUGAACGACUUGACUCGAAUUGUUGGUGGAAAAACCGCCAAACCAGGUCAAUUCCCUUGGCAGGUCCUUUUGAAAGGGAAAAUUGAUGCGUUCUGUGGAGGCUCCAUCAUCAAUGAAAGAUGGGUGGUAACUGCAGCCCACUGUAUUAAUCCGGAUGUUGAAAUUACUGUUGUUGCAGGUGAACAUAACACCGAGGAGACGGAACAUACAGAGCAAAAGCGAAACGUGAUUCGCACUAUUCUUCACCACAGCUACAAUGCAUCUGUUAAUAAGUACAGCCAUGACAUUGCCCUUCUGGAACUGGACGAGCCCUUAACGCUAAACAGCUACGUAACACCUAUUUGCGUUGCUGACAGGGAAUACACGAACACCUUCCUCAAAUUUGGAUAUGGCUACGUGAGUGGCUGGGGGAAAGUCUUCAACAGAGGGCGACCGGCUACAAUUCUUCAGUACCUUAAAGUCCCCCUUGUUGACCGAGCCACAUGCCUUAGGUCCACCAAGUUCACCAUCUAUAAUAACAUGUUCUGUGCUGGCUUCCAUGAGGGAGGUAAAGAUUCGUGCCAGGGAGAUAGCGGGGGACCCCAUGUUACCGAAGUGGAAGGCAUUAAUUUCUUAACUGGAAUUAUUAGCUGGGGUGAAGAGUGUGCAAUGAAAGGAAAAUAUGGAAUAUAUACCAAGGUGUCCCGGUAUGUCAACUGGAUUAAAGAAAAGACAAAACUCACUUAA